AUGGGUAUCCUAUCCGAAGAAGCCAAAGCAAUGAUCGCCGAAGCGUUUGAAGCAGCCGACGCCGACAAGAGCGGUACGAUUGACGCAGGCGAAAUAGAGGCGGUCAUGACGAAUGUUGCUGAAAAAGAAGGAUUUGAACCACCCAAGAAGGAGGACAUUCAGAAGCGUCUGGAUGCGUUGCCCACGGAGAACAAGGGUGCAUUGACUUUGAAAGAGCUCAUGUUCAUCGUGGCAAGUAUGAAGGUCAUGGCGACCGUGGUGAUCCUCUUUGAACAGGCCGACAAGGACGGAUCCGGAGAACUGGAAUCCGCCGAAAUCAAGAACGUCCUCGUCAAACUGCACGAACUGGCCGGAGUGGACGCUCCAAGUGAUGAAAAGCAGGAGGAAGUCGUCACGGCAUUGGGCGGGAAGGUGACGUUUGAGCAAUUCGCCAACUUCAUGAUCCCCAUCAUUCUGGAGGCAUCUGGAGUCGAAGUGAUUGUCGUCGUGGAAAGUUAG